UAUUUAUAUAUGAGUUAACUGUUAAUCCGACAUCCGACAUCCGUAUUAUUAUACAUUUGAUUUGAUAUUCCUGAUUUGUGAAUUUGUGUGUGGAAAUUUGUGUUUAUGACCUAAUUUAUACCCUAUAAGUUACAGAAUUUGGUUACUUAAGGAUUUAAAUUUGAAUUAAUAGCAUAUAUAAUGAUCAACGUGAUGGCUAGUUGCAAAUAGAGUGUAGUUAAGCCCGUGUAAUUGUGAAGUAUAUGAAUAAUGAAUAAAAACAGGAAGAAUUGAAUGCAAAAUAUAUCUAGGAAUAUAUUAUAAUGAGCACAACAGCCCUUCAGCAACAAGCUUUUGCACUAGACGCAAGAUACAAUACACUUCGGGUUACUGGAAGCCCCAAUUUUCGUACUCUUUAUAUAAGAAGACGCAGUCAACUGUUACGGGAAAGUGAAAAAUCACCGGAGCAAUGGAGACAGUACCUAAAACUUCGAUCUCAAUUAUUGCAGCAGAAAUAUGGGGCAUUUAAACUAGAGUCCAGUUCAGCCUCUAAUUUAUCUAGAACAAUUAGCAAGAGCAGCGUAAUGACAGAGACUCAGAUGCAUGUAGUAUUUUCAUCAACAAAAGAAACAUUGAUACCAACAAAAGAGGCCGAAGCCUCAAGGGCUAUAGUUGGUGGAACUAGCAUUGCUGAGAAUUAUGCUUUUAGUGGGGUACAUCAUAUCUUUGAUCAACAUUCUGCAGCCGUUACAAUGGUAAAAUUUGCUAACAAUGACAAAACGAAAAUUUGCUGCAGUUCACAGGAUGGAUCUUUAUCGAUAUGUGACGUGGUUUCAGAGCCUCCCACAGUAUUAGCGAUUUUAAAUGGACACCAAGAUGCCAUACCUUCAAUUGACUGGUCAGCUAACAACGAUCUUGUUGCCAGUGUCUCAUUAGAUUGCACACUAAAACUAUGGAAUACUCACAAUUUUACUUGUAUAAGGACGGUGAAAGAACCAAAUAAUGGUCAAAUUUUAUCGUGCAUUUUUCAGCCUAACAAUAACAAUUUAAUAUUGACUGGAAAUAGCAGAGGGGAAUUAAGAAUUGUCAAUGUAUCUACUGGAAUGUUUAUUAAAAGCUGUUGUAAACUUGGAGGCACGAUUUUGGCCUUAACUACUGAUACUAGUGGAAAAAUUGUGUGGGCAGGUAACGAGCGUGGAGAAAUAGUUAGCGUUUUAUGCGAACUAAAUGGUGGCCUUUUAAAAGCAAGAAAAAUUACUAUUGAUCCACACUGUUUUGUAACUAGUUUAUGUUAUAGAACUUGGAUAAGCAGAGAAGCGCGGAAUCCCUUAUUGCUAGUUAAUGCUAGUAAUAAUUCCAUGUGUUUGUUCAGUAUUGCGGAUUCUAUGGGAGGCCUACAACUUAAACGAAAAUUCCAAAAUAGACAUAAAAGUCAUGUUAUUAGAUCAACAUUUUGUCCGAUUAUGUCUUUUAGGCAAGGUGCAUGUGUAGUGACUGGCAGUGAAGAUGGAUCCGUCUACUUUGUCGACGUAGAGAAAAUUGGUAAUAAGGCUGUGGUAAACACGUUGCAAGGUCAUUCGAGUGCCGUACUCAGCAUCAGCUUUAAUUAUGACGAAUCUCUGCUGGCAACCAGUGAUAUGGAAGGAUUAGUCAUAUUGUGGAAAAGGCAUUCUAGAAAAUAUGGCAGUAAUAUGUACUAUUUAUUUUUACUUGCACAGGGUGACUUAUUUAAGAUGGAUACAAGCCAAUAUCUUGGUUGUUGGUUGAGCGACCUUUUUAAUUUUUAGGAGGUAAUAGAUUGUUUGGCUAUAAGGAGUAUAUUUUGCUCAGGGUGAGAAAUGCGAUAUCUCAUAGAUGUACGUUUUAAUGGGGUUUGGUAUUUUUCGAUUCAAGAAUAAACUACCUUUAGUGUUUGAUCAUUGGGUUCUUGAAAUGAAAGCUACUUUGGUCGCUGUAACUCGUUUCUACUUUUUAAAUUAUACCAUUUAUUGAAGAGUGAAAUCAAGGCAGGUUGACACACCAUGUUGGCUCUGUCACUGCCCGUCAUUUACAGCCGAUCCAACGUUGCCACGUCUAAUAACUAAAUCUAAUACUAAGUAAACAUAUGAAUAAAACCAAAUUCCAACUAGGUAAUAAAAAUAUUAAACUAACUAACAGAACAUCUCCCCUUUCAAGGUACGCCGGUUUUUUUACAAGUCUUUUAGCUCAGGGUGGGGAAACACUAGGGGGAAUGUAAGAAGGUCUAUUAAAAGAGGAAUUUGGAAACUGCGUCUCAUUCAAGGUUUCACUACAAAAACUUUUAUCACCACUAUUAGAAUUUAGAUUCAAGUCAGAAUCUGAAUUCUUCACUUCUAUACUUGUUUGUAGUUCACUGUUAUCUGAAUGCACAGACCUAUUACUAAUUUGACAUUGAUCCUAAUUAUUAUGGUUAGUGAGAGUUGCCCAUGUACUCCCACAUAUAUGGGUUCAGUAUAGUAAGGUGCAAGAAUUAAAUGAAACCUAUUUCGAUGAUACACACCUCAAUUAUUAGUCUCUAUAAAAUAUGAACGAGGUUCGCCCAAUAACUUAAUAACUUUCCCAUACGUACGUAAAUCUAUUACCCAGACAUAGUCUCCAACUGCAAAAGCAGGUAAGUUUCGAGUCCGGUGUCUUUUAUUAAACUGUUGAGCUAUCUUGUCCUUCGCAAUACCCUUUUUAGAAAUAGAAUUGUGGUCAGUAUUUACCUUUUCAUUAAACAGGCUUGGCAACACCGGUAGUGGUGUUCGCAAUUUUCUACCGUAUAAUAACUAACUUGGAGAAAAUCCACAUUCAAGAGGGGUAGAGCGAUAAGACAACAGAGCCAAAUGAAUGUCUUUAUUUUUUUUAAUUAAAUUUUUUGCUAUCUUAAUAGCAGCAUUGAGACAACCAUUUGGUUGUGCAAAGUAAGGGCUAUUAGUUAUAUGACAAAAAUCAUAUUCACGAGCAAAUUUUUUAAAUUCUGUCUGGAAUUGAGGACCGUUAUCAGACUGUAUGGUCUCACUGAUACCAUAUCUUAUAGAAAAUAAUUCUUUCAACUUUUCAAUUAUAACGGAUUCAGUAAUUUUUGUCAAUCUAAAAAUUUCAAAGAAUCUCGAAUAAUAGUGGGUAACUAUUAAGUACCAUGAAUAGCAUUUAAAUAAAGCCAACGCAAUUUUCUGCCAGAGACGAUUUGGAAAUAAAUCUUUUAAAAACGGUUCUUUAAUAUUUAUUCUAUUUUCAACACACUGAGAGCAAUUCCUAACCAAAUUUUCUAUUUGAGUAGAAAGCCCAAUCCACCAAACAGAAGAUUUAGCUCUCUGUCGGCAUUUAACUACCCCCAUGUGACCUUGAUGAAUAAAAUUUAAGCGUUUUAAUUGUAAAGACGGAGGAAUAAUAAUUCUCGGAUUUCGUAAUAAAAAGCCUUCUGAAAAUAAAAUUUCAUCCCUAUAAGGAUAAUAUUGCAAAAGAUUAUCGUUCAAAGAAUUUUUCUAUCUGAAAAAACUCUUUGAUUUUCAAUAACGUCAACGUCUAAAUCCUUACCCGGCGAGUAAUAAAUUUUAUAAUUGUACCUCAUCAAGCGAAUUCUAAAACGUUGUAAGCGAGGUGUUAAUUCGUUAAUUGGUUUAGUUUAAAGAACCUGAAUUAAUGGUCGAUGAUCGGUUUGAAACAAAAUAGGUAUUCCUGUGACAUAUUCCGAAAACUUAUUAGCCGCCUAGGCGAGUGCGAGCGGUUCUCGCUCAGUUUGCGCAUAUCUUCGCUCAGUAACAGAGUAGGCGCGAAACAUAGGCGACAAUCUCAUUUUGCCGAUCCUGAGAUUGAAUUAGACAUGCACCUAAACCAUAAGAAGAAGCAUCCGCCGAAAUCAGUAUAGAUUUAGUCGGAUGAAAAUACGCCAAAGUUGGGCUAUUUUGCAACAAUGUUUUAAUUUUUUCAAAAGAUUGGAUUUGGGCCGCAUCCCAAACAAAUUGUAUAUUUUUUUUUAAUAAAAAUGUCAGUGGUUCUAGGAUUUGUGACCGAUUGGGAAUAAAUCUACAAGAAAAAUUAAUCAUACCUAAAAACUGUAAAACCUCUUUUCUAUUUUUAGGCUCAGGAAAAUUUUUAAUCGCGAUGAUUCGAUCUGAAUCUACUGUGACACCUUUGCUUGAAAUUUGAUGACCUAAACAUGUUAAAGACUGUGUUGCAAAAACACAUUUUUGCUCAUUUAAGGUUAGUCCCUCCGCCUUGAUACGUUUUAACACUUCCUCUAAAAUUUUGUUAUGUUCUUCCAAGGUUGAAGCAUGAAUUAGUAUAUCAUCGAUAUGACUUAUGACCCCUUUUACGCCUGACAAUAUUUUAUUUAAUAGUAUGGAAAAAUAUUCUGGAGCACAAUUAAUUCCGAAAGGAACUCUUUUAAAGAAGUACCUCCCAAAUGGAGUAAUAAAAAUUGGCAAAAUUUUAUUUCAUGAAAACCCGAAUUAGUAUCUAAUUUAGUAAAAUACUUACAUCCUUUUAAUUGUGCCAGAAUAGUUUCUACUUUUCCUAUUGGGAAGUUUGAGCGUUGAACUGCUUUGUUCAAUUAAGUAUAAUCAACACAGUCUGAUUUUAGAAUUUUUUUGAACCACUACAAUAGGACUAACCCUUGAACUCUAUAGCUUUAAUUAUACCAAGCUGUUGAAGUCUUUUUAGCUCUUUUUUUAGAGGAUUUAAUAAUGGAAUGGAUAGAACACAAGGCACAGACUGUACAUAUGGCUGAAUAUACCGUCUGUAAGUUUAAUGCGCAUUUCAGUUUUGAAGGUACCAACAUCCUUAAAGAUUCCUGGAAACCUUCUCGUCUUUAACAGAUUUAUGUAAGAAAAUAAAUUUAAUUUUAUUAUAGCUGUUCUAGCAAGUAUAGGUUUGGUCAAUUUAUCUAUAAUGUAAAUGUCUGUAUGGAAGUGCUGAUGCUGAAAACUCAAUCUCACUCAUAAUGACCUAAAACAUUUAGUUUAAUUCCAGACGGACAGGUAAUAACUUUAUCAGAAAAUUUUAAAUUAUUUUUAAACUGUUUAAAUAAAUGAGAUGGUACACAUGUAAUGUUAGCACCCGAAUCAAUUAAAAAUUCUAUAUUUUUGUUAAUCAUAGAGACCAAAAAUUAAAGCUACCGAUUCUUUAGUGUGUAUGUGGUGUAUCUGAAUUGACCCCAAAAAAGAAUUGACCUCUUUAUAAUCCCCCAAAUUAUUUACAGAAUUGUACUCUAACUCAAGUUGUUCUAAAUCUAACUCUUGAUUUACAUUAUUAUUAGUUUGGAUAAGUCUGACCUUAUUUGUACUCCUGCAUACUAUUGCCCAAUGUCCUGGCUUUUGGCACUUCCUACAUGUAGAUUUUGCCGCUGGGCAUUGAUUCCUAGAGUGGGGUCGUAGACCACAGAACCCACUUUUGUCUCUACUUCUUCUACUACGACUAGAUAAUUCCCUUGACUGGGAUGCUUGUAAUUCUGCUUGCUUAGCCAUCAGAAUGCACUCUUUUAAAUCCAAGUGUUCUUUUAGCUGCAGACGCUCAGAAGUCUUAGAAUCCAGCAUCCCAACUACAAUUCUAUCUCGGAUAAGUUCUUCUUUUAGAGUGCCAUAGUUGCAAUGUUCAGCUAGUGAAUGCAAAUUUGUUAUAAAGGAUUUUAUUGACCCACCUGGUUUUUGAACUGUAGAAUUAAAUUUAAAUCUUUCAAAAAUUAUAUUUCUACUAGGAAUGAAAGAUUUUUCAAAACACUCUAAUGCUUUCAGAUAAGAUUCUGGCUGCCUUAGAAACUGUAACAUAAUUUCCUCUGAUUCUUCUCCCAUUAUUUACACCAAAAUGUUAAUUUUCUUCUCUUCUGGUUUACUUAGUUGUUCGGAUAUUGACAUGUAUCUUUCAAACCUUUUCCUCCAAGAUGUCCUGGAUCUGGACCAUGCACCUGGAGUAGAAAAAGGAAAUUUGUCUGGCGGGCUUACACUAACGGGAGUUGUAACAUUAACCACUUGGGGGCCUUGAAACUGUCCAGAUGUAUUUGCACCUUCCUCUGCACCUGCUUGAUUUUUUUUGUCCGGGCAUGAUGACUUUUUAAUCUAACCAAAAAAAUUACCUUUUAUGAUUUCAACAGGGGUUUGCAUUAAAUGAUACUCUACACUACUGGAACUGGUAAUCGCGCAUUCGCUGAUCUCGAUACGUAUCCCCGUCCCUAGCUUGUGUGGUGAGGCUUAAGACACAUUUAUAAGUUAGGUUAGAACCCACGGCAACCCUCUACUAUAAAAGGAAUAAUUUGCUUUUUUUUACGCCACUGCACCACGAAACUACACCGCUUCCACCAACUAUAUACGAAACUUGCUUGGAAUUUCGCCUAUAUUUUAUAAAUGUAAUAAAAAAUAUAGCAUUCCAUUUAAAAAAAUGAAGACUGAUGACGUCAUAUCUUUUUUUUCGUUCCACCCUGUAUACAAAAAUUUAUGUGAAAUAAUGCGCAACUUAAAAUAAAAAUCGACGGGUCCGAGCGUUUUCUCAAAAAUCAUGUCUCUAAUUUUUAUCGAAUUUAUGCGGUACUUUAGGCGUAGUCACUGUAUAUUUUAUAGUGCUAAUAAAUUAUAAGCACAAAAAGGACUCGUAAAAAAUCUCACGUAUAAGCUGUAUCUCUAAGACAAAAGAAGUUGUUUAUAGAGUUAAUAUAUUAUUGUAUGCAGGUA